GCGGGAAACGCGCGCCUUCCCUAUAAUUCAUAAGGUCGAUAUGCCAAAUUCCAGAAUACCCCGCAUCUAAGACUGCGGCAACUUGAUUGACGCAGCUCGUGCAGCUCCGUGUCCCCUUCCAUCAAGCCCGUCCAGGCGUCACGGCAGGUAUCGUCCAUGUACACUUCGUCGAUGCACUCCUCGUCGCCUCCGGUGUGUCUGAGAAUGGCCUCAGGGUAACUUCGCCCGCAUGUAGUCCUAAGUCGCAGACCGACUCUGCGGUGCUGCCAGCAACCUUUCCUCGCCGAGGUCGCACACAUAUUGGGCACCUGCCUCGGCGUUGUUGCGUCUGGAAGCCGGCGUUGCUUUCUGCCUUGCCGCGCCACCCCUUAAAACUCAGGUCAUCGUCUUUCCCCGACUUUUCGAUCGCCCAGGUUCUUCUUCGUUUCUAACCGCCAAUCCCAAAGCCAAUCGACGCGGUACCUCUAGGGUACUUUCGCUCCGUCCUGGUCGCCCAGGCCCGAGUCCAGCCCCUCCCCGUCGACUUUGUCGUCGAACUUUGGCGUUUCCCUGCUCCUCCUGCUGGUGGUAACAGUGCCGCCAUCUGAAGGUUCCGCACGCUAGCUCCGACGUGCAGCUACCGGGCCCCAGCCAUCAGGUUCCCGCGAGUAUAAAAGCGAUUGAUGGCCAUGGCUUCCAGCUCCGGAGGCGCGGGUUCAAGCUCGCUGCUGCCAGCUCCCGCAGACUCGAUAGACGAACAAGUCCCGCUCCUGUCAAGCCACGCCCAGACCAUCAGUGCUGCAAGGAUGUCUGCAAAGAAGCACGCUGAAGCGACAGCCUCCAGUCAGCUGUCGGAUAACACCAACUCGGCCAACAACGCUCCGGUCAACUGCUUUGAUGGCACAACCAAGCUGGUGGCCGGCGACAACCGCAUCCUGCUGAUCCCCUCACCUUCCCAGGACCCCAGGGACCCCGUCAACCUUCCAGAAUGGCGCAAAGCCGCAGUGACGGGAAUUUUAAUCCUUUACUCGGUGUCCGGCUUGACUCUCGUGACGGCGCUUGGCGCCCUCAUCGUCUUCAUUAAACCCGAGUAUGAAAAGGCGGGCAUCACAGAGUCGCAGAUCUCGGGACUGCUGACUUACCCGAACCUGCUGCUCGGCGUCGGCAACAUCGUUUCCAUGCCGCUGGCCGUCGCCGUCGGCCGCCGCCCCGUCAUGCUCGCUUCGACGGGUUUGCUGGUGCUGUCGGCCAUCCUUUGUGCCACCAACCAGAACUUCUACUGGCACCUGGGCGCUCGCUGCCUAGCCGCCCUUAGUGCCGCCCAGUGCGAGGCCUUGGUGCUGCUGAUGGUGCAGGACAUUUACUUCUUGCACCAGCGCGCCCGCGUCCUACAGUGGCUGAGCUCCAUCCAGGUUAUCCUUAACUCGUCUCUGGUUAUUGCUUGCUCUUACGUCGCCGAUGCGGUGGGAUGGCGCGCCUGGUACUGGAUCUUUGUCGCUUUGGCCGGACUCGCCUGCGUCCUGACUGUUCUUUUUGUGCCCGAGACGGCCUAUGACCGACCUAUCGAGUCCUUCAUUGGCGCAGGCUCGUUAUACAAGCCAGCCGAGGAUUGCGAGGACCCAAACACCACGUCGCAGCCUGUGCCUGGGAAACCGCUCGCCAGCCCGACAAGCGUCACCCACAUUAACCCGUCCGCGGGCCAUGGCCAGCAAAACCCUAGGCCACAGCCACAAACAAUAGCCGGCCAGGCACACUUUGCCACCCUCACUACCCAUGACGAGCGACCGCUGGACCUGGAUCGCUAUGCGCCGCGCACCCGGGCCUCAGACAUGCGCGUCUUCGUGAAGAAGCCCAACUGGGCGUCGGCGUUCCGAACUGGCCGCGAAAUCUGCUCCGUUUUCUGGUUCCCCAACGUGCUCUGGGUCGCUGCCUUUAACGGCCUCAUCAUGGGUGCCGACAUCGCCAUCCAAAUCACCUACGGCACCGCCCUUGUCUCGCCCCCAUACAACUGGGCACCUACUUCGGUUUCGCUGAUCCAGCUGGGCCAGAUUGCUGUCGCGCUCAUUGCGGUGCCCCUGGUCGGCACCGCGGGCGACGCCGCCGUCAAGUGGCUGGCUCGCCGUCGCCGCGGCGUACACGAGCCCGAGCGGCGGCUGCUCACCAUGAUUCUGCCCAUCCUCCUCGCCGUGCUCCUAACUGGUUUGUACGGCUUUGUGCUCGCCGACCCCUCGCGCUUUCACUGGAUGGCCAUUGCCUUUACUGUCGACGCCUACCUGUACAUUCUGCUGGCGGCGAGCACGGCCGGCACUACGUAUCUGAUUGACGCUUACCCGCGCCGCGCCGGCGCCAUUCUGGUCGUUAUUCCCGUCACCCGCGGCCUCGUCAGCUUCGGCGUGAGCAACGGCACCGUCGACUACAUUGUGCGCAUCGGCGCGCCCAACCUGUACGGCAUUUAUGCCGGCCUCAUCGCCGUUUUUGGCCUGCUUGGUUGUGUGCUGUACUGGAAGGGCAAGGUCGUGCGGAGGUUCUGCACCCGCUGGGCCGUUGACUCUUCGUAACGGACAUGGGCGAAUUCCCGUGGCUACGCAGCUACACUGUUACCAGUUUAUUUUUACCGGUUUCCUGAGUGCCUAGCUAUUUCCUAUCUGACUUUCUCCUGCCCCGCUCCCUUCACAUACUCGCCGUUAAUCCAAACGACCCCUCCAUCACUAAAGCCCAAAUGUCACGCGGACAACGUGAUGUCAUCCAACCAAAUUCCAUAGUUCCGGCGGGUGGUGCUAAUGUCGAGAUGCAAAACUCCUGUUGCUAGGAAUUUUAACAUCCAGGGACUAAACUUUACCAAGGCCCAAUUUAUGCCCGUGUUGGC